CGGCCAGGGCUGUGCGCUCCCAAAAUAUGACCAGGGGUGCUUGGAUGUGUCGGCAGUAUGACGACGGAUUAAAAAUCUGGUUGGCAGCACCCCGGGAGAACGAGAAACCGUUCAUCGACUCGGAGAGGGCUCAGAAAUGGCGACUGUCUCUGGCCUCUCUCUUGUUUUUCACAGUCCUGCUCUCUGAUCACUUGUGGUUCUGCGCCGAGGCCAAGCUGACCCGCGCCCGGGACAAGGAGCAGCAGCAGCAGCAGCGGCAGCGGCAGCGGCAGGAGCAGCGGCAGCGGCAGCGGCAGCACGAGCCGUCCUGGCCCGCGCUCCUGGCGAGCAUGGGGGAGCCCUCGCCCGCCGCCCAGGCGCACAGACUCCUCUCCGCCUCCCCGUCCCCCACCCUGCCCCCCUCCCCGGGAGCCGGCGGCGGCGGCGGCGGCGAGGGCGGCCGAGGCACCGACAGCCGGGGCAAGGAUCUUCUUCCAGGAAACUCUGCCAGACCCGCGUGGCGCCUGGAGACUUGUUACCCGCAGGGCGCCUCCUCGGGCCAGUGCUUCACGGUGGAGAGCGCGGACGCCGUGUGCGCCAGGAACUGGAGUCGGGGGGCGGCGGCCCGUGGGGAGCAGCGGCAGCAGACCCGGGGCCCGCCGCAGCCAACUCCGCUCUGGAACUUGUCGGAUUUUUACCUUUCGUUUUGUAAUUCCUACACACUUUGGGAGUUGUUCUCGGGGUUGUCCAGUCCCAACACUUUGAACUGUAGUCUGGAUGUGGUGCUCAAGGAGGGUGGUGAGAUGACCACUUGCAGACAGUGCGUCGAGGCUUACCAAGACUACGACCACCACGCUCAGGAGAAAUACGAAGAGUUUGAAAGCGUGCUGCAUAAAUACUUACAAUCAGAGGAGUACUCGGUGAAAUCGUGUCCUGAGGACUGUAAGAUCGUCUACAAAGCCUGGCUAUGUUCCCAGUACUUCGAAGUCGCGCAGCUGAACUGCAGAAAGACGAUCCCUUGCAAGCAAUACUGUUUGGAGGUUCAGACGCGGUGUCCGUUCAUAUUGCCCGACAAUGACGAAGUCAUCUACGGGGGCCUCUCCAGCUUCAUCUGUACAGGGCUCUACGAAACCUUUCUAACCAAUGAUGAACCAGAAUGCUGUGACGUCAGGAGAGAAGCGAAACCCAAGAGCCCCUCCAAGGGGGCGGUGGACAGAGGCGGCGCCUGCCCCCGGACGUCGCUCUCGGCCUCGUCGGCGCCCAGGCUGGGCCCCAGCAGACUUAGACUGUGCGUCCUCGUGCUGAUGCUUCUCCACACGGUCCUCACGGCCUCGGCGGCGCACAACGCCACGGCCCUGGGCGUCGGGGGCGUCCACGCUCUGGACGAACGCUCGGCCAGCGAGGAGUAGGGACUCCGCACCCUGGAGCAUCCUCGCCACCCCGGCCGCCCGCCCGCGCAUCCCCGCCUGGGUACCGGACCUGCGCGCGCAUCUCCGCCUGGGUACUGGACCUGAGCGCGCAUCCCUUGGCGCAGGGCCUGGAUGGCCUGAAUCCAAACCAGGAGACACAUACACCACACACACACACACACACACACACACACACACACACACACACCACACACCACACACACACACACACACACAGCUUUUUACAGACUAAAAAGCUGGAAAGUGACUUCGAUUUCUCACAGCAUUUUAUACACUGUGUUUUAAUGUUUGGAGGUUUUCUUUGCUUUCCUUUGGACUUGAGUUCAUCUGUUUGUUUUGUUUUUGCACUUGUUAAUACAGGCUUUAUUUGGGGGGAUGGUUUCUCAGAGGUAAACUAAGUCUUUUCACUGUCUCUCUCUCUCUCUAUAUAUAUAUAUUUCUAGUCACUGUGUGUGUUCAUCAGAUAGUUCUGUUUCCUGUCCUGUCUGUUUCUAUUAGCGGAAUGACAGCUAUGACCUUGCGGUAUAGAAAAAAAAAAAAACAAAAACAAAAAAACAAAAAAACUACAACACACACACAAACACACAAAAAAAUCAUAAAAAGAAAAAAAAGACAAAAAAAAAAAAAAGAAAACAAGAAAAAAAUAAAAAGCUCCCUAACUCUCCCUCCUGCCUAAGGAACCCACGCCCCCCCGCCCCACCCCCGAGCCCGCCCGCCGGGGGACUCCCUCCAGCAGAUGCCAUCCGCUUGCUUCAGUCCUUGUCGGCGCCGCGGCGGGCGCAGCGCCUGCUCCGCUGGGCCUCUGAGCCGCUGUUGCAGAAAGGGGGGCCCCCUUCUAGCUGAACAAACAAGUGCUCUCCUUAACAGGUGGCAUCAGACAGUUAACACAUCUUUAUGUUGAAAAUAAAAAAGCAAAGAAAAUUACCUUGAACUCCGUUGGGUUCAUCCCAAAGGCCCCGGACCUUCCUCGCUGGUCAGGUGGCUGGAGGCAGCCGCCGAGGGUAGGGGGUGUGAGGAGGUGGGGACACCCCCUGUCCCCCGAAGCCCAAAGGCGGCUGGGCUUUCAGUAGGAUUUCAGUUCUGUUGUGGGAAUACUCCAGCACGUGCCGCCCACGGUCAGGAGGACAGGAUUCCGAGGACUCAAAUCUGGACUUCUCUUUCCUCCAUUUCUGUUGCGGGGGAUUUGGCAGACGUACGUAGACACCUGCUGCAUACAGAAUCUAGACCGUUUCACCCUGGUAUUCCUCCACACAGGGUUUUUAAUUCCUCCAGGUAUAAAGUGUAUGCAAUUCAGCAUUAUGGAAAAGACCUUCUUUUCAAAAAAUAGGGUAGCCAUUUUCAUUCAAGUGCAGAAUCGUUGUCACCCUCACAUGCUCUAGCUAGUUGAAGACGAGAGGAGAACUCGAAUCGCUCUGUUUGUAUUUUUCCUUUCUGUGGGAACAUUUCACCCGCUGAUUGUCUAUGAAUUUGCUUUCUUAAAAACAAACAAACAAGGCUUUUAUGAGUUUACAGUAGAAUCAGUGAGAGGAAGAGUUAAUAAGGGCUGUUUUUAAAACAAACAAAACAAAUAAUUUUAAAAAAUAACCACUACACAUUCCUUACUAUUCUCUAACUACACUCGGGAACUGCGAUUCAGGGAUGACUGCGGUACAGCUGGGAGACGAAGGUAAACCGUGGAACAGGUCCUCUUAGCGAACAAAAUUUAGUUCUUAACUUUCUAGCUAUGAAAUUCCCCCAGGCAUUUGUUUUUGUUGAAACAAAACUUUAAUCUCUGCAUCAUACCUAACUCUGCGACACGCGUUACAGUAUGCAUAUUUUGUUUUGAAUAAAAAAAACAAAAACCUGUUUUGUUCCAGUCUGUUAAGAAUAUUCAAAAUAAUAAAGGUAUUGCUUAAUAAAAUUGCUAGAAUUGUUUAGCAGUACAUUCACAAA